GAGCUCGAGCGGCACCAGGGAGGGUGACGAGGACAUCUGGUGGCGCGUGCAGCGGCGCGCUAAGAUACCGAAAGUGCGCAUGCGUCUCCCUGCGCGGCCCAGCCCGGCGCAGGCGCAGACGCAAACGAAUGCUUUAGAGCGCACGCGCGGAGCGCAGUGGGGGCUACCGGCUCUGGCCGCCAUGGAGCGAAAAGUUCUGGCGCUGCAGGCCCGGAAGAAACGGACCAAAGCCAAGAAAGACAAGGCCCAGAAAAAGCCUGAAACUCAACAUCGAGGCCCUGCUACUCAUUCAGAGAAUGAUCUCCCUGAACAAGAGGAGGAAAUCCUGGGAUCAGAUGAUGAUGAACAGGAGGAUCCAAAUGAUUACUGUAAAGGUGGUUAUCAUCUUGUGAAAAUCGGAGAUCUAUUCAAUGGGCGAUACCAUGUGAUCCGGAAACUAGGAUGGGGGCACUUUUCCACGGUGUGGCUAUCUUGGGACAUUCAGGGGAAAAGGUUUGUGGCGAUGAAAGUAGUGAAGAGUGCUGAGCACUACACAGAAACAGCACUGGAUGAAAUCAAACUGCUGAAAUCGGUCCGCAACACUGACCCCAACGAUCCAAAUAGAGAGAUGGUAGUUCAGUUAUUAGAUGACUUCAAGAUCUCAGGAGUGAAUGGCUCCCAUAUCUGUAUGGUGUUUGAAGUUCUAGGGCAUCAUCUCCUGAAGUGGAUCAUCAAGUCAAAUUACCAGGGCCUUCCACUUCCCUGUGUCAAAAGAAUCAUCCAACAGGUUCUGCAGGGUCUGGAUUACUUGCACACAAAGUGUCGGAUCAUCCAUACAGAUAUUAAACCUGAGAACAUUCUGCUGUGUGUAAAUGAACAGUACAUCCGCAGGCUGGCUGCAGAAGCAACAGAAUGGCAGAGAUCUGGGGCACCCCCUCCUUCUGGCUCUGCAGUGAGUACUGCGCCCCAGCCCAAACCAGCUGACAAAAUGUCAAAGAAUAAGAAAAAAAAAUUGAAGAAAAAGCAGAAACGGCAGGCGGAACUACUGGAGAAGCGAAUGCAGGAGAUAGAGGAGAUGGAGAAGGAGGCAAGCCCUGUACAAACACAGGCUGAAGAGCAGGAAGAAGCUCGGAACUCUCUUGAGAUGCUCUUGAAAGAGAGCCCACCUGUUGAAGGGGUACAAGGAAAGCUGGAUGAAGUAGCCCAUGUACAAGAGCAAACUAUCCUAAUGGAAGGCAGCAUGGAAAAAUGCAUACCUGAAAUCAACUGCAACGGCGUGGUACAGAUGACUGCCUUCUCAGACUCCAGCAACCAAGGGUCUGGGAGGCUUGUGGAGGACCUUCAUAAUGCCAAUGACUGUGAUGAGCACGCUCUGGCACAGGAAGAGGACGGCUUCCAUAGCUGUAAUUACAGCCAACGUAACGGAGACUCAGAGAACAGGUCACGAGAAGUAAUGUUGGACUCAUGCGUGCCCUUAAUUUCUGAGGUGCUAGAUUCCAUGGUAUAUCAGCCAACUUCAAGUGAAGAGCAAUCGUUCAGUGAGCAGGAAAUCAGCCAGUUGCAAGAGAGUAUACGUGCAGAGAUACCCUCAGAGGAUGAGAAUGAGAAUAAUGGCCCAUCUGAGAACAAAGGAAAAUCCACUGCUGGGAAUUUUCUCCUUAAUCCCCUUGAGGCCAGGAAUGCAGACAAGCUCAAAGUGAAGAUAGCUGACCUAGGAAAUGCCUGCUGGGUGCACAAGCAUUUCACUGAGGACAUUCAGACAAGGCAGUACCGGUCCCUGGAGGUGCUGAUAGGAUCUGGGUAUAACACCCCUGCUGAUAUUUGGAGCACAGCCUGUAUGGCCUUUGAACUAGCCACAGGAGACUACCUGUUUGAGCCCCACUCUGGAGAAGACUAUUCCCGGGAUGAAGACCACAUUGCGCAUAUUGUAGAGCUGCUAGGCAGAAUUCCAAGGCACUUUGCCCUAUGUGGGAAAUAUUCACAGGAGCUCUUCGAUCACAGAGAUCACAUUGCAUUGAUCAUAGAACUUCUGGGGAAAAUACCUCGCAAGCUCAUUGUGGCAGGAAAAUAUUCCAAGGAGUUUUUCACCAAAAAAGGUGAUCUGAAACACAUCACCAAACUGAAGCCCUGGGGCCUUUUUGAAGUUCUGGUGGAGAAAUAUGAGUGGUCCCAAGAUGAGGCAGCUGCAUUCACAGACUUCUUAUUACCUAUGCUGGAGCUGAUUCCAGAGAAACGGGCUACAGCAGCUGAGUGUCUCAGGCACCCCUGGCUUAACUCCUAGGGCUUCAACGCAACACCACAGCCCUACACUCUGGUUUACAGUAUAGCAUACACCCAGCUGUUCCAACUGCCCCUCCCCAGAUCCAUUUUUUUCCUCUUGUUCCUUUUCAGUGUGAAGCUCUUCCUCCAAGGCUUCCGAGAUUUUAGAUAAAUUUAACCUGUUCAGUUGAGUUUGCUUAUUUGAUUAAGCGGAGACUCUUCUCGGCCAGUGGGUGUCCUGUGAGCUUUGCCUUGAUUGGGCUUUGCCAAAGAUUAAUUGACUGACUGGAAUACAAAGUUGCUCCUGAGACUCUUACCUCUUAGUGUAGGCGUGAGAUGAUCGGCAUUAGUAUAUGCUCCCUUAGCUAAAUUACACCCAUGAAGGGGAUAUGAAGAUCUGUGACUCCAUCCUUAGCUCACUGAUGCUGGGAGUCAAUUUUCCACUGCAGGUCGAGUAGCUAGCAGGAGGAUGAGAAAUGGAAGAUUGGUACCUGGGUGAUAACUCCAUGUGGAACAGCUAACUUGAAAUCCUCCACCCAUCCCUAGGUGUCUGUUUCUUGGGUGACUUCUUUCCAGUCAAAUAAUUUCUUUAGUUUUAGCCACUGAAUCCUCUGAAAAGCUGUAUUUAAAAACUAUUUUUAAUACCAUUAUUUUUCCUCAGUGUUCAGAUUAGUUUCUGAAUUCAGUGAAACCUGUUACGCUCCCUCAAAUGCCUGAACCCUUGAACUAAAACGUCACAUGGAAAAUAAAAAAGCAAAAGCUGGAACUGGUUAAAUGCACAAUCUUCAGAAUAGAUGUGUGCUUGCUUUGCUGGCAGACUGGUAGUUGGGCUGCAGGCAACUCUUCCUAGACAUUUGAGUGAGCUGUAUUCCCCCCACCCCCCCAUACUAGCACUUCCUUUGCCUUGCCUAAAGUUGUCAUUGCAUCAGUGAGCAGUUGGUAUUCAGUCUGGAAGAUGGGAUGUACUUUUUUAUUUUGACCAUUCAGUUGCGAAGAGGGGCUGGUCGUAUCUGUGUGUCACAGGCACACUGUGUUUCCUGACUUCAAAACACCACAUUUGCAAAGCUUAAUGUAAAGAUUUCUACUGUUAGCUUGCCUUGGGUGCUGGCCUUUAGAAGUAACUUCCCCAAAUGGGAUUGCCUGUUAUUUUCUGAGACGGUUGAGUACUUGGGGAUUAACACAAGGACAAGUGAACUACAUGCUUUGGCUUUUUCCUGUAGACAUAGUCAGCUUCUGUUUCCUAGAAUCACACCAAAUAUGAGUGUCCCAGGAGAAUAUUAUGUAAGGUUUUUAAACUUCUCAGAGAGGGCUGGGUGUAAAGAGGUUUGUGGGGGCAGUUAUUUUAAUUCAAAGUUAAAGCAUUGUAGUGUUUGCUAGUUUUACGAUGCGUCUCUCCUAGGCUUUCCUAAAUGAUUACAGAUUCAUUGCGUCCUACUCUAAAGCAAGGUUUUGGCAGGGUAGGGACUUGAACAGCCCUUCCUCACCACGGACCAAACAGGCCUUUGGGAUCAAGAAAUUCUCAGAGGACAGAAGCUGCCUCAGGACUUUGGAACUCCCAGAAGGCCAAGAAGGCACUAUUUGAGACAGUAACACCAAAGCUGCCAGUGAGGCUGUUACAUGUCACUCGUUAUGUGUGUAUGUUUGAGAUCUGUUUAUAACAACCUUCCAUCCACAAAAGCUGGUGUCCUUAUUUAAUCCACUUUAAAGGUAUAACCAUCUUGCCCUAUAUUUUCUUGCUUGUCCAGUCUAACACCAACUGGGCCAUUGAUGAAAUCCAUGCUGCAUGUCCAUUCAGGGGUUCUUAAGUCAGGUUCUCUAUGCAUAAUCUAAGAUUAAAGGAAAUAUACCAAAACAGUUUAAAACUGCUGAAUGAUUUUCCUGAAAUCUGGAAUUCCUUCCCCCAGCUCCAAGAGUCGCUUCUUUUUCUGUUGCAAAGGGAUUACAGACAAGACUGGACUGGACUGUGUAUUACUUACCUUCUGUUUUAAUACUGUGAAGACUUUUUGGCAGGGUGAAUGGAACUUCUGGUGGCACCACUAGAGCUCACUCUGCUCGUGCACUUCUGCAACCUGGCUGACCUAAAGGAAUGAGAUACUCAUAGAGGGGUCUGCACAUUAGGUUCUGAGGUAUCCGUUCCCCCAUCACCGCCAGAAGAGGACUUUUUCCUCUAUCUCAGUAAAAGAGCCAGCUUGUGGGUUGAAGACACAGAGGCAACUGUCAGGAUUCAGUCUUGUCCCUUGUGCUUGCUCACUUGGGGUUCACUAAACUUCCAAAUUGCCAUAAAGUGCUCACUAAAGGAUUUGUACUUGCUGUGUUCAUCUAAAACCUGAAGGAAAAUACAUUUUUAUUCUUUCUACUUGAGUGCAUUGUCUUUUCUUUGUAAAUGCCGUACAAUAAAACAGAUUAUUUAAUAACCCA